GAAGUGGCAGUAGAAGACAUCCGUCCAAGGCCACAGGGAUCCUCUCCAGUUUAUGACUAUUCUGUAGAAGAAGAAUAUUUAAAGCUUCAAGAAGAAAACAAAAAAUAUUCUGCUGACAAAUCAAAACAGAGUCAUCCACAGGAGACAAUGGAAGUGACCCUGAAAACAGAAGUGGAAGCUGGUGCUAGUGGAUUUAGUGUGAUGGGUGGAGGAAAUGAAGGAAUAUUUGUUAAAAAAGUACUUAAGGAAUCUCCUGCUUCAAAAAUAUUUAGUCUAAGAGAAGGUGAUCAGCUUCUAAGUGCUACAAUAUUUUUUGAUAAUAUCAAAUACGAAGAUGCACUCAAGAUUCUCCAAUAUUCCGAGCCAUACAGAGUCCAAUUCAGCCUCAAAAGAAAAAUUGCUGGGAAAGAAGAGCUGGAACACAUUCACUCUACAGCCCAGUACAAAAAGGAGAGAAUAAGCCAGGAAAAAGAGCUCAGUGAGAGCAUUCCUGAAGAAACACUUCAUGAUUCAGGAAAAGCCAUUUCAGAAGAAGACAGGGAAACAUUAAUUGUGAGCCAAAGGGUAGGAAGAAGCAAGAGACCUAAAAAAGACAGACUAUCAUGGCCAAAAUUCCAGUCAAUUAAAAAUAAAAAGAUACUGGGGCACAGAAGAUCUCAUAGUACAUCAGAUGCAUAUGAGCCUGCUAUACAGGAUAUUUCCCCUACAAGCACAGACACGGAAUCUCAAUUUCAACAAGAGAUCCAUAUAAAGGAAAAAAAAGGAAGUCAAAAGAAGCUGAAGUUCCCUAGCAUUGGAUUCAAAAUGCACAGAUCCAAACCAGAAACACGAGACAAGCAAAAAAAAGAAAUAAAAACAACACUGCUAUCUGAAAAAGCAGAAAUACAUAAAGAAGACAUGGUGGAAAAUCCUGAAAUACCAACUGCUGAAUAUACAACAUCCCCUGCUUAUGAAAUCAAAACUGGGGAAGUACAUGAAACUUUAACAAAAGACCUAAAAGAUAUGAAAAAUGGCAUUCCAUCUCAUGCAAAAAAAAGCCCUGAAGUUGAAAUAAACAUUAAAAAAGAGAAAGACAAGGACUCAACAUCAAAAUUUACUGUUCCUGAAGUGCCAGCUAUGACAAUACAGAUAUCAAAGCCCAGCUUAGAAACACCUGAUCUGAAAGAAAGCCCAACUAAACAAACAGCACAAGCUUCAUCAAAAUCACGAAAAAAGAAACAGAAAGGAAGAGCAGGUAAAACAGAAGGAGAAAGUGAAAUCAAUGGAGACAUGACAGCUUACACAGCACAAGGAUCCAUACAGGUUAAAGGUCUAGAAAUAGGCACCGCUAAAGCAGAAUUACACUCACCAUCUGACACACUGGAAAUAAGAAAAAAAAGACCAGAAGAAGACAGACAAAUGCUAACAAUUCAGAAAACAAAAUUUGGGAUAUCAAUAUCUGAAAGAAAAGAGCCAGAGAAUGAAAAUAUGAAAGCAGGAAGUGAUGUUCCAGAUUCAGUAUCAGAAACAACAGCUGAUAAAGGUUCAGAGGAUGACAGGAAUUUGGAUGUGAAACCUCAGAUGUCUAAUGCAGAAUCAGAAGUUUCUACCUGGAAAAUACAAAUGCCAUCAUUCAAAAUAGCCACAACACCUAAAACUGAUAUGAAAAUACAAGGAGAAGAAAUCACAGUUGAAUCAAUUAACGUUGUAAAAAAGGUACAGACAAAGGAAGAUGGCAUGACCUCAGGAGAUAAAACCUUGAAGACAGACAUCGGAUUGAAAAUAUCAGAAAUUGAAACAGAGGGAAAGGAAAGCAAAUUCAGGCUGCCAAAAUUAAAAUUACCUACAUUUACAUGGGCAACUACAAAGGAUGAGACAGGGAAAACAGAAAUUAAGGUAAGCGACAGCGAGGAAAAAGUGCAGUCCUUAGAAGAGGCUGAGAACGCAGAGAUGAGUGUAUCAGAAGAAGAAAUGAAGAUGAAAAAACCUGAAAUCAAAAUAACAGUAAAAAAAACAACUAUAAGUGACACGGAUAUAAAAGGAAUGCAAAAAAAGGUAAAAAGUCUAACACCUGAUACUUUAAAUGAAUCAUCGGUAGAAGAAAGAAAAGAAGACAUCCCCGGCACCAAAACCGAAGGGGCCGGCUGGAAGGUGGAGAAGCCCUCCCUCAAAAUGCCCAAAGCUGACAUCAAAGCUCCCAAGGUGGACAUCAGCCUCCCGUCCGUCGACGUCAGCCUUCCGAAGGCCAGCGUCGACCUGCAGGCGCCCGAGGCGGCCCUCACCCUGGAAGGGGAAGCCAAAGCCCCAGAGAAGGAGGCCGCCAAGACCAAGGACGGCAAGUUCAAGAUGCCCAAGUUCGGCAUGCCCUCCUUUGGCUGGUCAAGCAGCAGAGAGGCCAAGGGCACCGUGGCCGCUGACGUGGACGUCAGCCUCAAGGAGCCCCAGCUGACGGUGUCCUCAGGAAGCGCGGAAGUAGACGUGACCCUGCCCGCGGCCGAGAUCCAGGUGCCCGGCGUGGAGGUGAGCGUGGAGGCGUCCGCCGGAGGAGACGGCGAGAAGGGUCGAUUCAAGAUGCCCGACGUCAAGAUGCCCAGCGUCAAGCUGCCCAAAGUCAAAGCUCCCCACGGGCAGGUCAGCCUGCCAAAGGCCGAGGUCUCCCUGCCCAAAGCCCAGGCCGAAGUCCAGGGGGGCGAAGUCGCCCUGCAGGGCCCCGAGGCCGAAGGCGGCCUGGAGGUGGCUGCCGGCAAAGUUGAGGGCGGCGGCAUGAAACUGCACAUGCCGAAAGUCAAGGUGCCCAGCGUGGCCUUCUCCAAGCCCACCCUCAAGGCUCCCAAACUGGAGGCAGACGUCAGCCUCGCAGAGGCUGAGCUCAAGACCGGCGCUGGCGACAUCAGCAUCGCGGCCCCCGACGUCAAGCUGCCCUCCGUCGAAGGCUCCCUCGAGCUCCAGGCGCCCGACAUAGACCUCAAAGUGCCCUCUGCCGAAGGCUCGCUUGACGGAGCCGAGCUGGAAGGCGCCGGCCUGAAAGGGAAGUUCAAGAUGCCCAAGUUCGACAAGCCCAAAUUCGGCGUGUCCCCUCCCAAGGCGGAAGGGCUGGAAGCUGAGGUCAGCCUGCCCAGCGCAGAGGUGGACCUCCCAGCCGCCACCGUGACAGCCGCAGGGGUGGGCGCCGCGCUGAGCCUCAAAGCCGACGUCCCCGGCGCCAAAACCGAAGGGGCCGGCUGGAAGGUGGAGAAGCCCUCCCUCAAAAUGCCCAAAGCUGACAUCAAAGCUCCCAAGGUGGACAUCAGCCUCCCGUCCGUCGACAUCAGGCUUCCGAAGGCCAGCGUCGACCUGCAGGCGCCCGAGGCAGCCCUCACCCUGGAAGGGGAAGCCAAAGCCCCAGAGAAGGAGGCCGCCAAGACCAAGGACGGCAAGUUCAAGAUGCCCAAGUUCGGCAUGCCCUCCUUUGGCUGGUCAAGCAGCAGAGAGGCCAAGGGCACCGUGGCCGCUGACGUGGACGUCAGCCUCAAGGAGCCCCAGCUGACGGUGUCCUCAGGAAGCGCGGAAGUAGACGUGACCCUGCCCGCGGCCGAGAUCCAGGUGCCCGGCGUGGAGGUGAGCGUGGAGGCGUCCGCCGGAGGAGACGGCGAGAAAGGUCGAUUCAAGAUGCCCGACGUCAAGAUGCCCAGCGUCAAGCUGCCCAAAGUCAAAGCUCCCCACGGGCAGGUCAGCCUGCCAAAGGCCGAGGUCUCCCUGCCCAAAGCCCAGGCCGAAGUCCAGGGGGGCGAAGUCGCCCUGCAGGGCCCCGAGGCCGAAGGCGGCCUGGAGGUGGCUGCCGGCAAAGUUGAGGGCGGCGGCAUGAAACUGCACAUGCCGAAAGUCAAGGUGCCCAGCGUGGCCUUCUCCAAGCCCACCCUCAAGGCUCCCAAACUGGAGGCAGACGUCAGCCUCGCAGAGGCUGAGCUCAAGACCGGCGCCGGCGACAUCAGCAUCGCGGCCCCCGACGUCAAGCUGCCCUCCGUCGAAGGCUCCCUCGAGCUCCAGGCGCCCGACAUAGACCUCAAAGUGCCCUCUGCCGAAGGCUCGCUUGACGGAGCCGAGCUGGAAGGCGCCGGCCUGAAAGGGAAGUUCAAGAUGCCCAAGUUCGACAAGCCCAAAUUCGGCGUGUCCCCUCCCAAGGCGGAAGGGCUGGAAGCUGAGGUCAGCCUGCCCAGCGCAGAGGUGGACCUCCCAGCCGCCACCGUGACAGCCGCAGGGGUGGGCGCCGCGCUGAGCCUCAAAGCCGACGUCCCCGGCGCCAAAACCGAAGGGGCCGGCUGGAAGGUGGAGAAGCCCUCCCUCAAAAUGCCCAAAGCUGACAUCAAAGCUCCCAAGGUGGACAUCAGCCUCCCGUCCGUCGACGUCAGCCUUCCGAAGGCCAGCGUCGACCUGCAGGCGCCCGAGGCGGCCCUCACCCUGGAAGGGGAAGCCAAAGCCCCAGAGAAGGAGGCCGCCAAGACCAAGGACGGCAAGUUCAAGAUGCCCAAGUUCGGCAUGCCCUCCUUUGGCUGGUCAAGCAGCAGAGAGGCCAAGGGCACCGUGGCCGCUGACGUGGACGUCAGCCUCAAGGAGCCCCAGCUGACGGUGUCCUCAGGAAGUGCGGAAGUAGACGUGACCCUGCCCGCGGCCGAGAUCCAGGUGCCCGGCGUGGAGGUGAGCGUGGAGGCGUCCGCCGGAGGAGACGGCGAGAAGGGUCGAUUCAAGAUGCCCAGCGUCAAGCUGCCCAAAGUCAAAGCUCCCCACGGGCAGGUCAGCCUGCCAAAGGCCGAGGUCUCCCUGCCCAAAGCCCAGGCCGAAGUCCAGGGGGGCGAAGUCGCCCUGCAGGGCCCCGAGGCCGAAGGCGGCCUGGAGGUGGCUGCCGGCAAAGUUGAGGGCGGCGGCAUGAAACUGCACAUGCCGAAAGUCAAGGUGCCCAGCGUGGCCUUCUCCAAGCCCACCCUCAAGGCUCCCAAACUGGAGGCAGACGUCAGCCUCGCAGAGGCUGAGCUCAAGACCGGCACCGGCGACAUCAGCAUCGCGGCCCCCGACGUCAAGCUGCCCUCCGUCGAAGGCUCCCUCGAGCUCCAGGCGCCCGACAUAGACCUCAAAGUGCCCUCUGCCGAAGGCUCGCUUGACGGAGCCGAGCUGGAAGGCGCCGGCCUGAAAGGGAAGUUCAAGAUGCCCAAGUUCGACAAGCCCAAAUUCGGCGUGUCCCCUCCCAAGGCGGAAGGGCUGGAAGCUGAGGUCAGCCUGCCCAGCGCAGAGGUGGACCUCCCAGCCGCCACCGUGACAGCCGCAGGGGUGGGCGCCACGCUGAGCCUCAAAGCCGACGUCCCCGGCGCCAAAACCGAAGGGGCCGGCUGGAAGGUGGAGAAGCCCUCCCUCAAAAUGCCCAAAGCUGACAUCAAAGCUCCCAAGGUGGACAUCAGCCUCCCGUCCGUCGACGUCAGCCUUCCGAAGGCCAGCGUCGACCUGCAGGCGCCCGAGGCGGCCCUCACCCUGGAAGGGGAAGCCAAAGCCCCAGAGAAGGAGGCCGCCAAGACCAAGGACGGCAAGUUCAAGAUGCCCAAGUUUGGCAUGCCCUCCUUUGGCUGGUCAAGCAGCAGAGAGGCCAAGGGCACCGUGGCCGCUGACGUGGACGUCAGCCUCAAGGAGCCCCAGCUGACGGUGUCCUCAGGAAGCGCGGAAGUAGACGUGACCCUGCCCGCGGCCGAGAUCCAGGUGCCCGGCGUGGAGGUGAGCGUGGAGGCGUCCGCCGGAGGAGACGGCGAGAAAGGUCGAUUCAAGAUGCCCGACGUCAAGAUGCCCAGCGUCAAGCUGCCCAAAGUCAAAGCUCCCCACGGGCAGGUCAGCCUGCCAAAGGCCGAGGUCUCCCUGCCCAAAGCCCAGGCCGAAGUCCAGGGGGGCGAAGUCGCCCUGCAGGGCCCCGAGGCCGAAGGCGGCCUGGAGGUGGCUGCCGGCAAAGUUGAGGGCGGCGGCAUGAAACUGCACAUGCCGAAAGUCAAGGUGCCCAGCGUGGCCUUCUCCAAGCCCACCCUCAAGGCUCCCAAACUGGAGGCAGACGUCAGCCUCGCAGAGGCUGAGCUCAAGACCGGCGCCGGCGACAUCAGCAUCGCGGCCCCCGACGUCAAGCUGCCCUCCGUCGAAGGCUCCCUCGAGCUCCAGGCGCCCGACAUAGACCUCAAAGUGCCCUCUGCCGAAGGCUCGCUUGACGGAGCCGAGCUGGAAGGCGCCGGCCUGAAAGGGAAGUUCAAGAUGCCCAAGUUCGACAAGCCCAAAUUCGGCGUGUCCCCUCCCAAGGCGGAAGGGCUGGAAGCUGAGGUCAGCCUGCCCAGCGCAGAGGUGGACCUCCCAGCCGCCACCGUGACAGCCGCAGGGGUGGGCGCCGCGCUGAGCCUCAAAGCCGACGUCCCCGGCGCCAAAACCGAAGGGGCCGGCUGGAAGGUGGAGAAGCCCUCCCUCAAAAUGCCCAAAGCUGACAUCAAAGCUCCCAAGGUGGACAUCAGCCUCCCGUCCGUCGACGUCAGCCUUCCGAAGGCCAGCGUCGACCUGCAGGCGCCCGAGGCGGCCCUCACCCUGGAAGGGGAAGCCAAAGCCCCAGAGAAGGAGGCCGCCAAGACCAAGGACGGCAAGUUCAAGAUGCCCAAGUUCGGCAUGCCCUCCUUUGGCUGGUCAAGCAGCAGAGAGGCCAAGGGCACCGUGGCCGCUGACGUGGACGUCAGCCUCAAGGAGCCCCAGCUGACGGUGUCCUCAGGAAGCGCGGAAGUAGACGUGACCCUGCCCGCGGCCGAGAUCCAGGUGCCCGGCGUGGAGGUGAGCGUGGAGGCGUCCGCCGGAGGAGACGGCGAGAAAGGUCGAUUCAAGAUGCCCGACGUCAAGAUGCCCAGCGUCAAGCUGCCCAAAGUCAAAGCUCCCCACGGGCAGGUCAGCCUGCCAAAGGCCGAGGUCUCCCUGCCCAAAGCCCAGGCCGAAGUCCAGGGGGGCGAAGUCGCCCUGCAGGGCCCCGAGGCCGAAGGCGGCCUGGAGGUGGCUGCCGGCAAAGUUGAGGGCGGCGGCAUGAAACUGCACAUGCCGAAAGUCAAGGUGCCCAGCGUGGCCUUCUCCAAGCCCACCCUCAAGGCUCCCAAACUGGAGGCAGACGUCAGCCUCGCAGAGGCUGAGCUCAAGACCGGCGCCGGCGACAUCAGCAUCGCGGCCCCCGACGUCAAGCUGCCCUCCGUCGAAGGCUCCCUCGAGCUCCAGGCGCCCGACAUAGACCUCAAAGUGCCCUCUGCCGAAGGCUCGCUUGACGGAGCCGAGCUGGAAGGCGCCGGCCUGAAAGGGAAGUUCAAGAUGCCCAAGUUCGACAAGCCCAAAUUCGGCGUGUCCCCUCCCAAGGCGGAAGGGCUGGAAGCUGAGGUCAGCCUGCCCAGCGCAGAGGUGGACCUCCCAGCCGCCACCGUGACAGCCGCAGGGGUGGGCGCCGCGCUGAGCCUCAAAGCCGACGUCCCCGGCGCCAAAACCGAAGGGGCCGGCUGGAAGGUGGAGAAGCCCUCCCUCAAAAUGCCCAAAGCUGACAUCAAAGCUCCCAAGGUGGACAUCAGCCUCCCGUCCGUCGACGUCAGCCUUCCGAAGGCCAGCGUCGACCUGCAGGCGCCCGAGGCGGCCCUCACCCUGGAAGGGGAAGCCAAAGCCCCAGAGAAGGAGGCCGCCAAGACCAAGGACGGCAAGUUCAAGAUGCCCAAGUUCGGCAUGCCCUCCUUUGGCUGGUCAAGCAGCAGAGAGGCCAAGGGCACCGUGGCCGCUGACGUGGACGUCAGCCUCAAGGAGCCCCAGCUGACGGUGUCCUCAGGAAGCGCGGAAGUAGACGUGACCCUGCCCGCGGCCGAGAUCCAGGUGCCCGGCGUGGAGGUGAGCGUGGAGGCGUCCGCCGGAGGAGACGGCGAGAAAGGUCGAUUCAAGAUGCCCGACGUCAAGAUGCCCAGCGUCAAGCUGCCCAAAGUCAAAGCUCCCCACGGGCAGGUCAGCCUGCCAAAGGCCGAGGUCUCCCUGCCCAAAGCCCAGGCCGAAGUCCAGGGGGGCGAAGUCGCCCUGCAGGGCCCCGAGGCCGAAGGCGGCCUGGAGGUGGCUGCCGGCAAAGUUGAGGGCGGCGGCAUGAAACUGCACAUGCCGAAAGUCAAGGUGCCCAGCGUGGCCUUCUCCAAGCCCACCCUCAAGGCUCCCAAACUGGAGGCAGACGUCAGCCUCGCAGAGGCUGAGCUCAAGACCGGCGCCGGCGACAUCAGCAUCGCGGCCCCCGACGUCAAGCUGCCCUCCGUCGAAGGCUCCCUCGAGCUCCAGGCGCCCGACAUAGACCUCAAAGUGCCCUCUGCCGAAGGCUCGCUUGACGGAGCCGAGCUGGAAGGCGCCGGCCUGAAAGGGAAGUUCAAGAUGCCCAAGUUCGACAAGCCCAAAUUCGGCGUGUCCCCUCCCAAGGCGGAAGGGCUGGAAGCUGAGGUCAGCCUGCCCAGCGCAGAGGUGGACCUCCCAGCCGCCACCGUGACAGCCGCAGGGGUGGGCGCCGCGCUGAGCCUCAAAGCCGACGUCCCCGGCGCCAAAACCGAAGGGGCCGGCUGGAAGGUGGAGAAGCCCUCCCUCAAAAUGCCCAAAGCUGACAUCAAAGCUCCCAAGGUGGACAUCAGCCUCCCGUCCGUCGACGUCAGCCUUCCGAAGGCCAGCGUCGACCUGCAGGCGCCCGAGGCGGCCCUCACCCUGGAAGGGGAAGCCAAAGCCCCAGAGAAGGAGGCCGCCAAGACCAAGGACGGCAAGUUCAAGAUGCCCAAGUUCGGCAUGCCCUCCUUUGGCUGGUCAAGCAGCAGAGAGGCCAAGGGCACCGUGGCCGCUGACGUGGACGUCAGCCUCAAGGAGCCCCAGCUGACGGUGUCCUCAGGAAGCGCGGAAGUAGACGUGACCCUGCCCGCGGCCGAGAUCCAGGUGCCCGGCGUGGAGGUGAGCGUGGAGGCGUCCGCCGGAGGAGACGGCGAGAAAGGUCGAUUCAAGAUGCCCGACGUCAAGAUGCCCAGCGUCAAGCUGCCCAAAGUCAAAGCUCCCCACGGGCAGGUCAGCCUGCCAAAGGCCGAGGUCUCCCUGCCCAAAGCCCAGGCCGAAGUCCAGGGGGGCGAAGUCGCCCUGCAGGGCCCCGAGGCCGAAGGCGGCCUGGAGGUGGCUGCCGGCAAAGUUGAGGGCGGCGGCAUGAAACUGCACAUGCCGAAAGUCAAGGUGCCCAGCGUGGCCUUCUCCAAGCCCACCCUCAAGGCUCCCAAACUGGAGGCAGACGUCAGCCUCGCAGAGGCUGAGCUCAAGACCGGCGCCGGCGACAUCAGCAUCGCGGCCCCCGACGUCAAGCUGCCCUCCGUCGAAGGCUCCCUCGAGCUCCAGGCGCCCGACAUAGACCUCAAAGUGCCCUCUGCCGAAGGCUCGCUUGACGGAGCCGAGCUGGAAGGCGCCGGCCUGAAAGGGAAGUUCAAGAUGCCCAAGUUCGACAAGCCCAAAUUCGGCGUGUCCCCUCCCAAGGCGGAAGGGCUGGAAGCUGAGGUCAGCCUGCCCAGCGCAGAGGUGGACCUCCCAGCCGCCACCGUGACAGCCGCAGGGGUGGGCGCCGCGCUGAGCCUCAAAGCCGACGUCCCCGGCGCCAAAACCGAAGGGGCCGGCUGGAAGGUGGAGAAGCCCUCCCUCAAAAUGCCCAAAGCUGACAUCAAAGCUCCCAAGGUGGACAUCAGCCUCCCGUCCGUCGACGUCAGCCUUCCGAAGGCCAGCGUCGACCUGCAGGCGCCCGAGGCGGCCCUCACCCUGGAAGGGGAAGCCAAAGCCCCAGAGAAGGAGGCCGCCAAGACCAAGGACGGCAAGUUCAAGAUGCCCAAGUUCGGCAUGCCCUCCUUUGGCUGGUCAAGCAGCAGAGAGGCCAAGGGCACCGUGGCCGCUGACGUGGACGUCAGCCUCAAGGAGCCCCAGCUGACGGUGUCCUCAGGAAGCGCGGAAGUAGACGUGACCCUGCCCGCGGCCGAGAUCCAGGUGCCCGGCGUGGAGGUGAGCGUGGAGGCGUCCGCCGGAGGAGACGGCGAGAAAGGUCGAUUCAAGAUGCCCGACGUCAAGAUGCCCAGCGUCAAGCUGCCCAAAGUCAAAGCUCCCCACGGGCAGGUCAGCCUGCCAAAGGCCGAGGUCUCCCUGCCCAAAGCCCAGGCCGAAGUCCAGGGGGGCGAAGUCGCCCUGCAGGGCCCCGAGGCCGAAGGCGGCCUGGAGGUGGCUGCCGGCAAAGUUGAGGGCGGCGGCAUGAAACUGCACAUGCCGAAAGUCAAGGUGCCCAGCGUGGCCUUCUCCAAGCCCACCCUCAAGGCUCCCAAACUGGAGGCAGACGUCAGCCUCGCAGAGGCUGAGCUCAAGACCGGCGCCGGCGACAUCAGCAUCGCGGCCCCCGACGUCAAGCUGCCCUCCGUCGAAGGCUCCCUCGAGCUCCAGGCGCCCGACAUAGACCUCAAAGUGCCCUCUGCCGAAGGCUCGCUUGACGGAGCCGAGCUGGAAGGCGCCGGCCUGAAAGGGAAGUUCAAGAUGCCCAAGUUCGACAAGCCCAAAUUCGGCGUGUCCCCUCCCAAGGCGGAAGGGCUGGAAGCUGAGGUCAGCCUGCCCAGCGCAGAGGUGGACCUCCCAGCCGCCACCGUGACAGCCGCAGGGGUGGGCGCCGCGCUGAGCCUCAAAGCCGACGUCCCCGGCGCCAAAACCGAAGGGGCCGGCUGGAAGGUGGAGAAGCCCUCCCUCAAAAUGCCCAAAGCUGACAUCAAAGCUCCCAAGGUGGACAUCAGCCUCCCGUCCGUCGACGUCAGCCUUCCGAAGGCCAGCGUCGACCUGCAGGCGCCCGAGGCGGCCCUCACCCUGGAAGGGGAAGCCAAAGCCCCAGAGAAGGAGGCCGCCAAGACCAAGGACGGCAAGUUCAAGAUGCCCAAGUUCGGCAUGCCCUCCUUUGGCUGGUCAAGCAGCAGAGAGGCCAAGGGCACCGUGGCCGCUGACGUGGACGUCAGCCUCAAGGAGCCCCAGCUGACGGUGUCCUCAGGAAGCGCGGAAGUAGACGUGACCCUGCCCGCGGCCGAGAUCCAGGUGCCCGGCGUGGAGGUGAGCGUGGAGGCGUCCGCCGGAGGAGACGGCGAGAAAGGUCGAUUCAAGAUGCCCGACGUCAAGAUGCCCAGCGUCAAGCUGCCCAAAGUCAAAGCUCCCCACGGGCAGGUCAGCCUGCCAAAGGCCGAGGUCUCCCUGCCCAAAGCCCAGGCCGAAGUCCAGGGGGGCGAAGUCGCCCUGCAGGGCCCCGAGGCCGAAGGCGGCCUGGAGGUGGCUGCCGGCAAAGUUGAGGGCGGCGGCAUGAAACUGCACAUGCCGAAAGUCAAGGUGCCCAGCGUGGCCUUCUCCAAGCCCACCCUCAAGGCUCCCAAACUGGAGGCAGACGUCAGCCUCGCAGAGGCUGAGCUCAAGACCGGCGCCGGCGACAUCAGCAUCGCGGCCCCCGACGUCAAGCUGCCCUCCGUCGAAGGCUCCCUCGAGCUCCAGGCGCCCGACAUAGACCUCAAAGUGCCCUCUGCCGAAGGCUCGCUUGACGGAGCCGAGCUGGAAGGCGCCGGCCUGAAAGGGAAGUUCAAGAUGCCCAAGUUCGACAAGCCCAAAUUCGGCGUGUCCCCUCCCAAGGCGGAAGGGCUGGAAGCUGAGGUCAGCCUGCCCAGCGCAGAGGUGGACCUCCCAGCCGCCACCGUGACAGCCGCAGGGGUGGGCGCCGCGCUGAGCCUCAAAGCCGACGUCCCCGGCGCCAAAACCGAAGGGGCCGGCUGGAAGGUGGAGAAGCCCUCCCUCAAAAUGCCCAAAGCUGACAUCAAAGCUCCCAAGGUGGACAUCAGCCUCCCGUCCGUCGACGUCAGCCUUCCGAAGGCCAGCGUCGACCUGCAGGCGCCCGAGGCGGCCCUCACCCUGGAAGGGGAAGCCAAAGCCCCAGAGAAGGAGGCCGCCAAGACCAAGGACGGCAAGUUCAAGAUGCCCAAGUUCGGCAUGCCCUCCUUUGGCUGGUCAAGCAGCAGAGAGGCCAAGGGCACCGUGGCCGCUGACGUGGACGUCAGCCUCAAGGAGCCCCAGCUGACGGUGUCCUCAGGAAGCGCGGAAGUAGACGUGACCCUGCCCACGGCCGAGAUCCAGGUGCCCGGCGUGGAGGUGAGCGUGGAGGCGUCCGCCGGAGGAGACGGCGAGAAAGGUCGAUUCAAGAUGCCCGACGUCAAGAUGCCCAGCGUCAAGCUGCCCAAAGUCAAAGCUCCCCACGGGCAGGUCAGCCUGCCAAAGGCCGAGGUCUCCCUGCCCAAAGCCCAGGCCGAAGUCCAGGGGGGCGAAGUCGCCCUGCAGGGCCCCGAGGCCGAAGGCGGCCUGGAGGUGGCUGCCGGCAAAGUUGAGGGCGGCGGCAUGAAACUGCACAUGCCGAAAGUCAAGGUGCCCAGCGUGGCCUUCUCCAAGCCCACCCUCAAGGCUCCCAAACUGGAGGCAGACGUCAGCCUCGCAGAGGCUGAGCUCAAGACCGGCGCCGGCGACAUCAGCAUCGCGGCCCCCGACGUCAAGCUGCCCUCCGUCGAAGGCUCCCUCGAGCUCCAGGCGCCCGACAUAGACCUCAAAGUGCCCUCUGCCGAAGGCUCGCUUGACGGAGCCGAGCUGGAAGGCGCCGGCCUGAAAGGGAAGUUCAAGAUGCCCAAGUUCGACAAGCCCAAAUUCGGCGUGUCCCCUCCCAAGGCGGAAGGGCUGGAAGCUGAGGUCAGCCUGCCCAGCGCAGAGGUGGACCUCCCAGCCGCCACCGUGACAGCCGCAGGGGUGGGCGCCGCGCUGAGCCUCAAAGCCGACGUCCCCGGCGCCAAAACCGAAGGGGCCGGCUGGAAGGUGGAGAAGCCCUCCCUCAAAAUGCCCAAAGCUGACAUCAAAGCUCCCAAGGUGGACAUCAGCCUCCCGUCCGUCGACGUCAGCCUUCCGAAGGCCAGCGUCGACCUGCAGGCGCCCGAGGCGGCCCUCACCCUGGAAGGGGAAGCCAAAGCCCCAGAGAAGGAGGCCGCCAAGACCAAGGACGGCAAGUUCAAGAUGCCCAAGUUCGGCAUGCCCUCCUUUGGCUGGUCAAGCAGCAGAGAGGCCAAGGGCACCGUGGCCGCUGACGUGGACGUCAGCCUCAAGGAGCCCCAGCUGACGGUGUCCUCAGGAAGCGCGGAAGUAGACGUGACCCUGCCCGCGGCCGAGAUCCAGGUGCCCGGCGUGGAGGUGAGCGUGGAGGCGUCCGCCGGAGGAGACGGCGAGAAGGGUCGAUUCAAGAUGCCCAGCGUCAAGCUGCCCAAAGUCAAAGCUCCCCACGGGCAGGUCAGCCUGCCAAAGGCCGAGGUCUCCCUGCCCAAAGCCCAGGCCGAAGUCCAGGGGGGCGAAGUCGCCCUGCAGGGCCCCGAGGCCGAAGGCGGCCUGGAGGUGGCUGCCGGCAAAGUUGAGGGCGGCGGCAUGAAACUGCACAUGCCGAAAGUCAAGGUGCCCAGCGUGGCCUUCUCCAAGCCCACCCUCAAGGCUCCCAAACUGGAGGCAGACGUCAGCCUCGCAGAGGCUGAGCUCAAGACCGGCGCCGGCGACAUCAGCAUCGCGGCCCCCGACGUCAAGCUGCCCUCCGUCGAAGGCUCCCUCGAGCUCCAGGCGCCCGACAUAGACCUCAAAGUGCCCUCUGCCGAAGGCUCGCUUGACGGAGCCGAGCUGGAAGGCGCCGGCCUGAAAGGGAAGUUCAAGAUGCCCAAGUUCGACAAGCCCAAAUUCGGCGUGUCCCCUCCCAAGGCGGAAGGGCUGGAAGCUGAGGUCAGCCUGCCCAGCGCAGAGGUGGACCUCCCAGCCGCCACCGUGACAGCCGCAGGGGUGGGGGCCGGCUGGAAGGUGGAGAAGCCCUCCCUCAAAAUGCCCAAAGCUGACAUCAAAGCUCCCAAGGUGGACAUCAGCCUCCCGUCCGUCGACGUCAGCCUUCCGAAGGCCAGCGUCGACCUGCAGGCGCCCGAGGCGGCCCUCACCCUGGAAGGGGAAGCCAAAGCCCCAGAGAAGGAGGCCGCCAAGACCAAGGACGGCAAGUUCAAGAUGCCCAAGUUCGGCAUGCCCUCCUUUGGCUGGUCAAGCAGCAGAGAGGCCAAGGGCACCGUGGCCGCUGACGUGGACGUCAGCCUCAAGGAGCCCCAGCUGACGGUGUCCUCAGGAAGCGCGGAAGUAGACGUGACCCUGCCCGCGGCCGAGAUCCAGGUGCCCGGCGUGGAGGUGAGCGUGGAGGCGUCCGCCGGAGGAGACGGCGAGAAGGGUCGAUUCAAGAUGCCCAGCGUCAAGCUGCCCAAAGUCAAAGCUCCCCACGGGCAGGUCAGCCUGCCAAAGGCCGAGGUCUCCCUGCCCAAAGCCCAGGCCGAAGUCCAGGGGGGCGAAGUCGCCCUGCAGGGCCCCGAGGCCGAAGGCGGCCUGGAGGUGGCUGCCGGCAAAGUUGAGGGCGGCGGCAUGAAACUGCACAUGCCGAAAGUCAAGGUGCCCAGCGUGGCCUUCUCCAAGCCCACCCUCAAGGCUCCCAAACUGGAGGCAGACGUCAGCCUCGCAGAGGCUGAGCUCAAGACCGGCGCCGGCGACAUCAGCAUCGCGGCCCCCGACGUCAAGCUGCCCUCCGUCGAAGGCUCCCUCGAGCUCCAGGCGCCCGACAUAGACCUCAAAGUGCCCUCUGCCGAAGGCUCGCUUGACGGAGCCGAGCUGGAAGGCGCCGGCCUGAAAGGGAAGUUCAAGAUGCCCAAGUUCGACAAGCCCAAAUUCGGCGUGUCCCCUCCCAAGGCGGAAGGGCUGGAAGCUGAGGUCAGCCUGCCCAGCGCAGAGGUGGACCUCCCAGCCGCCACCGUGACAGCCGCAGGGGUGGGCGCCGCGCUGAGCCUCAAAGCCGACGUCCCCGGCGCCAAAACCGAAGGGGCCGGCUGGAAGGUGGAGAAGCCCUCCCUCAAAAUGCCCAAAGCUGACAUCAAAGCUCCCAAGGUGGACAUCAGCCUCCCGUCCGUCGACGUCAGCCUUCCGAAGGCCAGCGUCGACCUGCAGGCGCCCGAGGCGGCCCUCACCCUGGAAGGGGAAGCCAAAGCCCCAGAGAAGGAGGCCGCCAAGACCAAGGACGGCAAGUUCAAGAUGCCCAAGUUCGGCAUGCCCUCCUUUGGCUGGUCAAGCAGCAGAGAGGCCAAGGGCACCGUGGCCGCUGACGUGGACGUCAGCCUCAAGGAGCCCCAGCUGACGGUGUCCUCAGGAAGUGCGGAAGUAGACGUGACCCUGCCCGCGGCCGAGAUCCAGGUGCCCGGCGUGGAGGUGAGCGUGGAGGCGUCCGCCGGAGGAGACGGCGAGAAGGGUCGAUUCAAGAUGCCCAGCGUCAAGCUGCCCAAAGUCAAAGCUCCCCACGGGCAGGUCAGCCUGCCAAAGGCCGAGGUCUCCCUGCCCAAAGCCCAGGCCGAAGUCCAGGGGGGCGAAGUCGCCCUGCAGGGCCCCGAGGCCGAAGGCGGCCUGGAGGUGGCUGCCGGCAAAGUUGAGGGCGGCGGCAUGAAACUGCACAUGCCGAAAGUCAAGGUGCCCAGCGUGGCCUUCUCCAAGCCCACCCUCAAGGCUCCCAAACUGGAGGCAGACGUCAGCCUCGCAGAGGCUGAGCUCAAGACCGGCGCCGGCGACAUCAGCAUCGCGGCCCCCCGACGCUCGCUUGACGGAGCCGAGCUGGAAGGCGCCGGCCUGAAAGGGAAGUUCAAGAUGCCCAAGUUCGACAAGCCCAAAUUCGGCGUGUCCCCUCCCAAGGCAGAAGGGCUGGAAGCUGAGGUCAGCCUGCCCAGCGCAGAGGUGGACCUCCCAGCCGCCACCGUGACAGCCGCAGGGGUGGGCGCCGCGCUGAGCCUCAAAGCCGACGUCCCCGGCACCAAAACUGAAGGGGCCGGCUGGAAGGUGGAGAAGCCCUCCCUCAAAAUGCCCAAAGCUGACAUCAAAGCUCCCAAGGUGGACAUCAGCCUCCCGUCCGUCGACGUCAGCCUUCCGAAGGCCAGCGUCGACCUGCAGGCGCCCGAGGCGGCCCUCACCCUGGAAGGGGAAGCCAAAGCCCCAGAGAAGGAGGCCGCCAAGACCAAGGACGGCAAGUUCAAGAUGCCCAAGUUCGGCAUGCCCUCCUUUGGCUGGUCAAGCAGCAGAGAGGCCAAGGGCACCGUGGCCGCUGACGUGGACGUCAGCCUCAAGGAGCCCCAGCUGACGGUGUCCUCAGGAAGCGCAGAAGUAGACGUGACCCUGCCCGCGGCCGAGAUCCAGGUGCCCGGCGUGGAGGUGAGCGUGGAGGCGUCCGCCGGAGGAGACGGCGAGAAGGGUCGAUUCAAGAUGCCCAGCGUCAAGCUGCCCAAAGUCAAAGCUCCCCACGGGCAGGUCAGCCUGCCAAAGGCCGAGGUCUCCCUGCCCAAAGCCCAGGCCGAAGUCCAGGGGGGCGAAGUCGCCCUGCAGGGCCCCGAGGCCGAAGGCGGCCUGGAGGUGGCUGCCGGCAAAGUUGAGGGCGGCGGCAUGAAACUGCACAUGCCGAAAGUCAAGGUGCCCAGCGUGGCCUUCUCCAAGCCCACCCUCAAGGCUCCCAAACUGGAGGCAGACGUCAGCCUCGCAGAGGCUGAGCUCAAGACCGGCGCCGGCGACAUCAGCAUCGCGGCCCCCGACGUCAAGCUGCCCUCCGUCGAAGGCUCCCUCGAGCUCCAGGCGCCCGACAUAGACCUCAAAGUGCCCUCUGCCGAAGGCUCGCUUGACGGAGCCGAGCUGGAAGGCGCCGGCCUGAAAGGGAAGUUCAAGAUGCCCAAGUUCGACAAGCCCAAAUUCGGCGUGUCCCCUCCCAAGGCAGAAGGGCUGGAAGCUGAGGUCAGCCUGCCCAGCGCAGAGGUGGACCUCCCAGCCGCCACCGUGACAGCCGCAGGGGUGGGCGCCGCGCUGAGCCUCAAAGCCGACGUCCCCGGCGCCAAAACUGAAGGGGCCGGCUGGAAGGUGGAGAAGCCCUCCCUCAAAAUGCCCAAAGCUGACAUCAAAGCUCCCAAGGUGGACAUCAGCCUCCCGUCCGUCGACGUCAGCCUUCCGAAGGCCAGCGUCGACCUGCAGGCGCCCGAGGCGGCCCUCACCCUGGAAGGGGAAGCCAAAGCCCCAGAGAAGGAGGCCGCCAAGACCAAGGACGGCAAGUUCAAGAUGCCCAAGUUCGGCAUGCCCUCCUUUGGCUGGUCAAGCAGCAGAGAGGCCAAGGGCACCGUGGCCGCUGACGUGGACGUCAGCCUCAAGGAGCCCCAGCUGACGGUGUCCUCAGGAAGCGCGGAAGUAGACGUGACCCUGCCCGCGGCCGAGAUCCAGGUGCCCGGCGUGGAGGUGAGCGUGGAGGCGUCCGCCGGAGGAGACGGCGAGAAAGGUCGAUUCAAGAUGCCCGACGUCAAGAUGCCCAGCGUCAAGCUGCCCAAAGUCAAAGCUCCCCACGGGCAGGUCAGCCUGCCAAAGGCCGAGGUCUCCCUGCCCAAAGCCCAGGCCGAAGUCCAGGGGGGCGAAGUCGCCCUGCAGGGCCCCGAGGCCGAAGGCGGCCUGGAGGUGGCUGCCGGCAAAGUUGAGGGCGGCGGCAUGAAACUGCACAUGCCGAAAGUCAAGGUGCCCAGCGUGGCCUUCUCCAAGCCCACCCUCAAGGCUCCCAAACUGGAGGCAGACGUCAGCCUCGCAGAGGCUGAGCUCAAGACCGGCGCCGGCGACAUCAGCAUCGCGGCCCCCGACGUCAAGCUGCCCUCCGUCGAAGGCUCCCUCGAGCUCCAGGCGCCCGACAUAGACCUCAAAGUGCCCUCUGCCGAAGGCUCGCUUGACGGAGCCGAGCUGGAAGGCGCCGGCCUGAAAGGGAAGUUCAAGAUGCCCAAGUUCGACAAGCCCAAAUUCGGCGUGUCCCCUCCCAAGGCGGAAGGGCUGGAAGCUGAGGUCAGCCUGCCCAGCGCAGAGGUGGACCUCCCAGCCGCCACCGUGACAGCCGCAGGGGUGGGCGCCGCGCUGAGCCUCAAAGCCGACGUCCCCGGCGCCAAAACCGAAGGGGCCGGCUGGAAGGUGGAGAAGCCCUCCCUCAAAAUGCCCAAAGCUGACAUCAAAGCUCCCAAGGUGGACAUCAGCCUCCCGUCCGUCGACGUCAGCCUUCCGAAGGCCAGCGUCGACCUGCAGGCGCCCGAGGCGGCCCUCACCCUGGAAGGGGAAGCCAAAGCCCCAGAGAAGGAGGCCGCCAAGACCAAGGACGGCAAGUUCAAGAUGCCCAAGUUCGGCAUGCCCUCCUUUGGCUGGUCAAGCAGCAGAGAGGCCAAGGGCACCGUGGCCGCUGACGUGGACGUCAGCCUCAAGGAGCCCCAGCUGACGGUGUCCUCAGGAAGCGCGGAAGUAGACGUGACCCUGCCCGCGGCCGAGAUCCAGGUGCCCGGCGUGGAGGUGAGCGUGGAGGCGUCCGCCGGAGGAGACGGCGAGAAGGGUCGAUUCAAGAUGCCCAGCGUCAAGCUGCCCAAAGUCAAAGCUCCCCACGGGCAGGUCAGCCUGCCAAAGGCCGAGGUCUCCCUGCCCAAAGCCCAGGCCGAAGUCCAGGGGGGCGAAGUCGCCCUGCAGGGCCCCGAGGCCGAAGGCGGCCUGGAGGUGGCUGCCGGCAAAGUUGAGGGCGGCGGCAUGAAACUGCACAUGCCGAAAGUCAAGGUGCCCAGCGUGGCCUUCUCCAAGCCCACCCUCAAGGCUCCCAAACUGGAGGCAGACGUCAGCCUCACAGAGGCUGAGCUCAAGACCGGCGCCGGCGACAUCAGCAUCGCGGCCCCCGACGUCAAGCUGCCCUCCGUCGAAGGCUCCCUCGAGCUCCAGGCGCCCGACAUAGACCUCAAAGUGCCCUCUGCCGAAGGCUCGCUUGACGGAGCCGAGCUGGAAGGCGCCGGCCUGAAAGGGAAGUUCAAGAUGCCCAAGUUCGACAAGCCCAAAUUCGGCGUGUCCCCUCCCAAGGCGGAAGGGCUGGAAGCUGAGGUCAGCCUGCCCAGCGCAGAGGUGGACCUCCCAGCCGCCACCGUGACAGCCGCAGGGGUGGGCGCCGCGCUGAGCCUCAAAGCCGACGUCCCCGGCGCCAAAACCGAAGGGGCCGGCUGGAAGGUGGAGAAGCCCUCCCUCAAAAUGCCCAAAGCUGACAUCAAAGCUCCCAAGGUGGACAUCAGCCUCCCGUCCGUCGACGUCAGCCUUCCGAAGGCCAGCGUCGACCUGCAGGCGCCCGAGGCGGCCCUCACCCUGGAAGGGGAAGCCAAAGCCCCAGAGAAGGAGGCCGCCAAGACCAAGGACGGCAAGUUCAAGAUGCCCAAGUUCGGCAUGCCCUCCUUUGGCUGGUCAAGCAGCAGAGAGGCCAAGGGCACCGUGGCCGCUGACGUGGACGUCAGCCUCAGGGAGCCCCAGCUGACGGUGUCCUCAGGAAGCGCGGAAGUAGACGUGACCCUGCCUGCGGCCGAGAUCCGGGCCUCAUCUUCUGAGGUUGUCAUAGAUUCUUCUUCUGGAAAAGGUGAUGAUAUGGGUAAAGCAAAAAGUUCUCUAUUUAAAAUGCCUAAGGUUUCUCUUUCUAAAAUUUCUAAACAUCAACCACAGAGCAAACCUGGAUUUGAAGUUUCUGUGUCAGAAAGUCUUUGUUAUUCUUUAACGGAGGAAACUCCUGCUGUUAUUUCAGCUAGUGUUGGAUCUGAAGAUCUUUCUGAUAAUAAGGGUGAUAGUGGGUCAAAAAGUUCUAAAUUCAGAAUUCCUAGCUUGGGUUUCUCUAAAGUUGAUAUUAGUUCUUCUAAAGUAUCUCUUGAUUCCCCUUUACCAAAAGGGGAUAUUACUCUUACUAAAUAUCAAGUUAAUCUUGGAGACUCUGAAUCAAAAAUAUCUUCUUUCAUUGAUGAAAAUCUGUCAGGAACAGAUAUUGGAAUUUUAAAUGGAGAUGGUUCUUUUGAGCAAGGGAGUCUGAAGCCAGCAGGUAAAACUGUAGCUCCUGAAUUAUCUCUGGGUGAUGCAGAAAUCACCAUUAAAAUUCCUAAAUUUCGAAAACCAAAAUUUGGUCUCUCUUGGUCUAAGGAAAAACCAAUCGAAAGUGACGUUGGUUCCAAAGUGGAGUGUGAAAUUUCCAAGGGCAGUGCAACAUCUGUUACUGAUAUUGAAAAACCAACUCAGAUCCUUGAUGCUGAAUUAGCUAUAAAGAUGCACAAGCCUUCACCUGAUGUUGUGCUGGGUGCACCAAAGUUGGAUGUCAGUCUUCCAUCAAUGGAAGGUACCAUGCCAAAAUUAGAAGUGGAUAUCCAUGGCCCAGAUUUAGAGUGCCAGGCAGAACAGGAAGUAGUCUCAGGAGAGAAGGACACUGACGAAAAAGAAAACAAAUUUAAAACAUCCAAGUUCAAACUGCCUUCAUUUAGUUGGUCACCAAAGAAAGAGCCUACUGCUCCUUCUGAAGCUGAGGGACAUCUGGAAAAACCCAUUUUGCCUACUUUAUCUGGAGACACAGUACCUGAAUUAACAUUUCCUGCCCCUGAGAAUCAUCAUCUUCAUGUGGAAUUUGAUACAUCAACAGAACAAGAUGGUGAAAAGGGCAGAAACAAGAAGUCCCAAUUUAUCAUGCCAAAGAUCUCAUUCCCUAAAAUAAAGGGUCAGAAAGUCCAGGUCUCUCUGCCCAUAUUGGAAACUGAUGUUCGUGGUCCCAAACAAGAAAAAGAAGGUGUUACAGUACAGAAAUCUGAGAAAGGGAGUAGUGGAGAAGGGGCAGGAAUGGUCACAAAAAUGCCAAAAGUUACAAUCCCGACUUUGGAAUUUUCCAAACCAGAUGUCAGAGUUCCCAAAACAGAGGUGGACAUUAGUAUGUCUAAAGGUGAGGUCGUACUCCCUACAUGUGAAGACAAUGACCUGACAUUAAAACCAGUUGCUGCUAAUGCCAGCCUCUCCAUCUCAGAUGUUAAGAUGUUAACUGAAGGCUCCCUUGAGGUGAAGAGUCCUGACACAAGUGUUGAAAGAACAUCAAGUGAAAUCACUGUGAGUGAUGCAGACAUUAACAUUGGAGGUCCUGAAGGGAAAACAAAAAUGUCUAAAUUCCAAAAGCCAAAGUUUGGAAUUGCUCAUUCUAAAGGGAAGGGAUUAGAAAAGGAGGUCAGCCAAUCCAAAUCAGAAGUCAAGGUUCCCCAGCUAAAAGCAAUGGUAGAAAUAGCUGACAUUGCUGUUGAAGCACCAAAUUUGGAGGUGGAAUAUGAUUAUAGAAAAGAACCUUACAGCUCUAAAGUCAAAAUUACCAAAGCUGACAAUAAGGGAUUAGAGACUGAUGUUCACCUCCCAUCAACUGACAUUUCUAUUCUAAAAACAGACAGUGAUAUUCAGGAUUCAGAUGCAGCACUAAAAAUCAAAGGGGAGAUAAAGGGAAAUGGAGAUGGAGAAGAGAAAGAAGGACAUUUCAAAAUGCCAAAAUUCAAACUUCCAUCCUUUAGCUGGUCACCGAAGAAGGAAGCAAGUGUUAAAUCAGAUUCUAGAGCAAAUUCUGAAGACCAUAAACCUCCUAUAAUGUCAGGCAGAAUAGACACAGAAGUGAGAGGAACUGCAACUGAUGAUCAAGGUACUGGGCCAGCCCUUGAUCUGGAAAUAUCUGCAGAGAAAGUUGAACAAAAAAGUCCAAUUAAAAAGCCUCAAUUUGUCAUGCCUAAAAUUUCACUCUCCAAGAUCAAGGUUCCCAAAUCGCAGACACAUUCACCAAAAGCUGAAGUUGAUGCUACUAUUCCUAAAACAGAAAGAGAGGGCGAUGACUCCAUACAGAUACCUGAUAUGGAAAUAAGUAGUUCUGAAAGGACAGGGGAAGGGGCCCAAAUUAGCAUAAAGCUGGCCGAUGUUAAGAUCCCCACUCUGGAGUUUUCCAAAAUAGAAACCAAGGCCUCCAAAACUGAUCUGGGAGUCAGCUCAGCAAAGACUGCUGCUGCUCUGCCUGUCUCAGAGGGGGAUUUUCAACAGGUUGUCCUGAAACCAAGUUCUACCGAUGAAGUUACCAUUCAAAAAACAGAAAUUAAGCUCCUGAAAGGAGAAGCUUCAAUUGAAUUUAGAAGCCCUGAAAUAGUAACAGAAAAAUCAUCAGUUGUGGAUGGAAGGAAGAUUAAAUUGGAAGGUCCUGAAGAGAAGAGUAAAAUGCCCAAAUUCGAGAAGCCAAAGUUUGGAAUCUCCCUGACAAAAGGGAAAUGUCCGGAGACAGAGGUCAGUUCACCAAAAACAGAAGCUGAACUACCCCAGAUAAAAAUGACAAAUGAAAUUGCUGACAUUGCUGUGGGAGUUCCAGCAUCAGAACUUAUAUCUGAUAUGUCAGAUCUUGGAGUAGGUGUUCAUGCUUGUAAGAUAAAAACACCCCAAGUUCCGACAGCUGCCAUUGGAGAUGCAAAGGAAGAUAUAAGCCCCCAGUCAAUGUAUAAAACAGUGACAGAGGGAAUUAUUGAGAGCCUUGAGGAGAAAGAAAUAAAAUUAAAAGAAGAACAUGAAAUAAAAGCUGAAGGAGUUCAUACUGAGGAACAUCAGGGGUGGUUUAAAAUGCCAAAAUUCAGAAUACCUUCAUUUGGCAGGACAUCCUUAAAGGAAAAAAAAGGUGAUGCUGAUAAUGAAAGAAGUCUGGAAAAAACUCAGGCAGGCAUUCCCUCUGCCAAAGUACAAACUGAAACAGGUAUUCCUGAAAAUACCUCCUCAUUACCACACACAGUUGCUGAAAUUACCAUUGGAAAAGAAGGGAUUUCAAAAUUAGGAGAUUCUGUGAAGAGUGCUGAUGUUAGCCUGCCUAAAAUGGAAGGAGAUAUUUCAUUAACUGUUGAAAGAACAGACAGUGGAGUGAAUAUUCAAAAAACUGAAACUUAUGCAGACAUAGUUAAGCACAGUACUGAAGGACAAAAAAUACAUACUUCAGAGUUCACAGUGUCUUCAGCGGAAUUGCCUAGAUCAUACCCAAGUGCUUCAGGUGUUGACAAAGGUAGCAGUUUAACAAAUAGAUUUCCUGUGUGCAGUCUGACUCUUGAAGGGCAUGAAGUCAAAUCACAGGAUGUGGAAGUCUCAAAGGCAGAAAGUUCCACAAAGUUACAGACUUUAGGAGCAGGAUGUAAACCAUCAUCAGCUGAAAUUACUCUGGAUGCAACACAGGAGAAAACAGAUGUCAGUCUUCCAAAGGAAGAGCUAGAUGUCCAAAAUCAAGAGGCUAAAAAAGGAAAGAAAAAGGGUGAGAUGAAAAUUACAGGAAAAGACAGUGAAGGUAGCCAGUUUAAAAGGCCUACGUGUGAAUGGUCUCCAACAAAGGGAUCAGAAGACGGUGCUUAUGUUACAGCUAAGCUGGAAGAUGUAAAGGUAGAAGUCCCAGGAGUGAAAAUGGAUGUUAAAAUUGCUAGAGUAGAUCCUGAAAUGAAAUUUCAAGUGAAAAGAGUUGAAAAGGACAUGUCUGCAGUGGUGGAAGCGCAAGUAGAAGAUAGAGCAGAAAUAAGUAAAAUUAAACCAUACAAGUUUAAGAUUCCAAAGUUCAGAGUGUUGCAUUCAGAAGCAAAGGGGCUUGAGGAUGAUAACCAUUUGCCAAAGUCAGAAGCUGAUUCAGUAUCUAAAACUGAAAUGGUCACAGCAGAAAUACAGAUUAAAAAAUCAGAGGGAUCCACUGGCCAGAGGAGUCCUGUUCUAGAUCAUAUGGAAGAACCUGCCAGAACACUAGCAGAAACAGUGGACAAAUCACAAGAUGGACCAGAAGUAAAUAUAAAAAUUCCAAAACUAAAAAUACCAAGUUUCACUUUCAGAGUUCUCCCAAUUGAAGCUGAUGUUUCAGUGUCAAAAGUGAUAACAGAUCCAAAGGGAUCCAGUACUGACAUUGAAGUAGUGCAACUGCAAGAAGGCUCUGCAAGCUCUGAAGGAACACCAGAGGCUCUAGAGGGUGGUAUUCAAAAAGCAAAAAGCAAAUUUCUAACACUGACUGAACCUGACAUUAAAACAGCACAGAUGACUACUACUAUAAAGUCCUCCCUUUCAAAUGCAGGGCAAGACAUUCAUUGGUCAUUUGAAGAGGGUCAAGAAGUGAGCGAGGAAGUUGAACCUGAACAUGUUGCUAUUGAAAGGUGUGAGAUUUACACCACUGAGAUACUGAAAGAAUCAGAGAUUCUCUCACCAGAAGUCAAAACUGCUGCUUUGGGGUUCUCGUUGCUCAAGGUGAAGUUGCCUGAAUCUCAAAGCAACUUAGAAGUCCUAGUUCAGCAGCCAUCUUCUACAGAAUAUGAAUCAGUGAGCAAGCCAAAAUGUGCUGAUGAAAGCUUCAGAGUAGAAACACAGAGGACUGGCAGUGCUGAGCUUAAACUAUCUGACAAGCCACACAGUGAGACUGAAGCAUCCACUGGAGAGCUAAGUUUGCCAAAGUUAAAAACAUCUGCUGUAGAAGUAAAGCCGCCCAUUAAACCUGAAGAGAGUCAUCCUGAUAAGCCACUAGAGAGAAUAACUACAGAUCCUCUCUCUAAAGAUAAGGAUGCAGCUGAAGCACUAGAAAAUGAAGAAAAAGACAUAUCCAAUGAAAAAGAAAAGACUGAUAGUAAAAGAUCUCCCGGAAGAUUCAAAUUUUGGCUUCCAAGUAUUGGUUUUUCAUCUUCUGGUGAGGAAACAACCACGGAUACAAGAACAGAAGUAAAAAAAUCAGUUCCAGAAGAUGUGAAAUUCCCUGACACAUCAGAUAAUGAUUCUUCUAAGCAAACUGAGAAAACUGGAUGGUUUAGAUUUCCUAAGCUUGGUUUCACAUCUCCUUCCAAAAAAGUUAAGACUGUUGAAAAAGAAGAGAUGGGUCAUAAAGAGGAAAGAAUCUCAGAUGAAGAUAGCCCAUCAGAUAAACCUGAUAUAUUUUUUGAUGCACAAGAAAGCUUAUCACCUAAAGAAACAACAGAGGGUGAAAAAGUUGAAAUUUAUCAGGUCUCAUCUAAUGUUGCAGUUUCUCGAGCUAUUGUGACAUCGUCAGCAAGAACUGAACUGAUCUUGUUGGAAGAAGAAAAAGACAGCCAAUCUAAUCUUCCUGGAGAUUCAACUAAAUGAAGAUUGUCUGUUCUCAACCCUCAAUGAAUGCAAAAUAAUCCACAUGUACAGAAAAAAAAAAAAAGUUUUAUUAAUUCUCUAGUAACUGAAAUUUAAACAAUUAUAAUUUAUGAAAACAGCUGAAUGGAAUAUACCACAUUUAAAUUUUCAAGUACAUGGGUGUGCUAUACUGUGUAGUAAUUAAAAAAUCAUGUCAUCAAAUCUGCCCCAAAGGCAGCAAUUUCUACAGGUGCAGGGGAGCCCAUAGAUUUAGCAGAGUCUGAGAAGAUACCUGGCACCAUGAAAGCAAACUAUUGAAAGGCUCAAUGAUAGCAAAAAGACUUGUUAGGCUUCUCAAAUCACAGUGAUUAUGUUAAGAUUAUAGAUUGUUUCCAGAACUAGUAUGAACUAGUACUAUGAGAAUUAUAGUUACCUGUUUAGAUUUUGGACUUUCUGACCUACUUUUGCUUUCUUAUGAAAAUAUUUUUCUUUAUUUGAGCUAAGGUAAUAUAUAUAUUCCACAAACAUUUUACAAUGCAAAAUAAAAAUUAGAUACUAGUGUGUAGAGACUAAUGCUUUACCCUUUCCCCAUUUUUUUAUUAUUCUGGUGGGUUGUAUUUAGCCUUAAAAAUUUUUCUUAAAACCCAACAGAAUAAAUUCAAGACCAAAAACCAUGUAACUAAUUCACAUUUCUAAGUUACCAAAAUAAAAACAUGCUGACAAUGAAUAAAUAUUAAAAUGUGGAUAAAUUAAUUUUAGUGUAUAUAUUUACUGGAUUGUUAAAUGCACAGCAGGAUCUGCCACACUAGUGGAAUUGCUUCAAAGAUUUUUUGGGAAAGAUGUAUAUAAUUAUUUACUUCUUUGUUUAUAUUAAAUCUUCUCUCAAGUGCACAACAAAAAACUGAGUGUGUAUGUGACAGCCAUCACAUGUAUCAUUAAAACAUUGUAUUCUUAAAUCACAAUAAACUCACCAUAUGAAUUAUAA